AUGGCAUGGUGCUAGUAGCUACGGCAGAAAUAGCGUUGUCACGAGAAAAUACGUAUGCUUUAAAGUUAAUUCGGAUAUCUAAUGGAAAAUAGUUGACUAAAGCGAAUUUCUGAAGUACAUGAUAGGCAUCACAUCUUUAAAAAUUCAUUACCAAGCCUCACAUUUUGAGGUUGCCAAUUCUGCCCCAAGGUUAGCUAGCGGGCUAACGAUAGCCGAUUAACGCUAAACUAGUUGAGCUAACGGUAACCCGGUAGCCCGUUUUAAGUUACUAAGUCUUGAAUUCGUAGGAGUGAUAGAAACCGACCAGGAUAGAGGAAUAGCAUGGCCGAAGCCGAUAAGUUGAACAUCGACUCCAUUAUACAACGUCUGCUGGAAGUGAAAGGCUCCAGACCUGGCAAAAAUGUUCAGCUGACAGAGAAUGAAAUCCGUGGUCUCUGCCUCAAAUCCAGGGAGAUCUUUCUCAGCCAGCCAAUCCUGCUCGAACUUGAGGCGCCCCUUAAGAUUUGUGGUGAUGUUCAUGGGCAGUACUAUGAUCUGCUGAGGCUGUUUGAAUAUGGGGGCUUUCCACCAGAGAGCAACUACCUGUUCCUGGGGGACUAUGUAGACAGAGGCAAGCAGUCCUUGGAGACCAUCUGCCUGUUGCUGGCAUACAAGAUCAAAUACCCAGAAAACUUCUUUCUGCUGAGAGGAAACCAUGAGUGCGCCUCCAUUAACAGAAUAUAUGGCUUCUACGAUGAGUGUAAGAGGCGAUACAACAUAAAACUGUGGAAGACCUUCACUGACUGCUUCAACUGUUUGCCUGUUGCAGCCAUUGUUGAUGAGAAGAUCUUCUGUUGCCAUGGAGGUCUGUCCCCAGACCUCCAGUCUAUGGAGCAGGUGCGAAGGGUCAUGCGCCCCACUGAUGUGCCUGACCAGGGCCUCCUCUGCGACCUGCUUUGGGCUGACCCAGACAAGGAUGUGCUGGGCUGGGGUGAAAACGACCGCGGUGUCUCCUUCACCUUUGGCGCCGACGUGGUCACAAAGUUCCUCCACAAACAUGACAUGGACCUCAUUUGUCGGGCCCAUCAGGUGGUCGAGGACGGAUAUGAGUUCUUUGCAAAGAGGCAGCUGGUGACUCUGUUCUCAGCCCCAAAUUACUGCGGGGAGUUCGACAAUGCCGGAGCCAUGAUGAGCGUAGAUGAGACCCUCAUGUGCUCAUUCCAGAUUCUCAAACCUGCAGACAAGAAGUUGUUCUAUGGUGGUGGAGGGGGCAUGGGCUCUACCCGCCCAGUCACUCCCCCAAGGAAAGCUAAGAAAUGACAGCAGUAGUUUGCCCUCAACCUCCAACCCAUCCCUCCUGCCCUCUCUACCUCUCUUCUCCUUUCUUUCACCAAACAGCCAGAAAUCAAACCUAUACCCAGGGCUUUUUUCCUUUUUUAUCUGUACUUCUUAAAACAUUUAAUGUUACGAAUUGUCUGAGUGAGUGCGUGCGUGCGCAGAUGACAAACGCGUCUCGUCUGUCGGUGAGCAUUAAAAUCAUGUGUGCACGUGUACAUUUUGUGUGAGAGUAUUAGAGAUUUAUACUUUCCCCUCUCUCUUACCACUCCUCCCGUGGAAAGGUUAAAACCACAGUGUCUGUCUGUACAGUAAUUUUGACUGAAGAAGCAGGGUUUGGGAGACAGUGGGAGAUUGCUGACAUGAUUCAUUCAGCAGCAAACCCCUGCCAGCAGGUGGCGUGUGUGUACUUGUAGAGGGGGGAAGUAUUUUGUUUUCCCUGUCCUCUGUACUGUAAAAUCUCAAACACAGGUGUGUGCAUGUGUGUGCGUGCGUGCAUGCGCUGUCUUGUCUAUCUGAGCAUGGCGUCUUGGUAUCCUUGAAGAGGAAGGAGUAUGUCACCUUGUCUCGAAAGAGCUAGCGCAUGCUUACCCACCCACACACACACACACACACGCAUAUGACUCUUCAGAUUCAUAUGAGCCAGAGCUGUAAAAACCCCAUACAGUUUAGGUUUGUACAGAUUUGAUUACUUGAAAGAGAUUUUUUGUGAAUUCGUUUUGUAGUCUUUCAUCAAGUUGACCAAUAAAGCGAGAAUCUGAGCUACAAUGUGUACUAGUCAUUUGUAUUGUGAUCCUGUAACUGCUGUGUUACAAAUGAGUGGAUUUCAUACGGAUCCCCUGCAUAUAGCGCUUUGGUUACCAGUCCUCUACUCGGGUUACCUGAGUUUUAACAAUUUAUAGGAUUGAAUUGUUGAAACUCUGCUUGUUGUUUUCAUCCAGCGUCUCUUCUCAAGGAAUUUAUUUCACUGUUUAUUUUAUUACAAUUUUGAAACAAAACCUGCAAUAAACUGUCACUGUUAAAAGAA